UCCUGCCUCCUGAGUGAGUGAGACGAGCUGGGAUCAUGAGCCAGGGUUGUUCCAAGUGGUUUUAAUCAGCAGCCCAUUAGAGGAGAACGGAAAACUUCAAACAGGGUAAGAACCAAGUUGUUCCAGUAACUCCAUGGGAAGGUGUUCCCCAAACCUCUGCUUUUUUGGAACUUGUGACUUCUUGCCUGGCACCAGGAAAACACUCAGCAGCAGAAAUGGGAAAAUUCAUGCUAGUUUUGGGUAAAGUGUGCCUCUGACGUUUUUUACCCUGGCAAGACGUGGCUACUUGGACCGUAUCUGCAAUGUGGCAAAGGGCAAAGUGAGGUUGGCAAAGAGGCCAUGGUGUGUGGGCAAGUCCCCAGAUGCCGCAGGCUUUGUCGCCCUCGUCCCUUCCUUCUGGCCCUAGUGGUGGCCCUCUGUCUGUUCUGCCAGACCCUGACUCCUCUCAUGACCAGCAGCAUCCUUUCAGCAGUUGUUAAUGGGAUUGCACCCAACAAACUGACUAAAACACAGCAUGGAAGAUACAAGGAGGUCUCCCCAAGCACCAUUCACUGCUUCCUCCCUGGCAGCAAUUCAGAGACAGUGAAAAAGAUCGAUGCCUCCAUUCUCCAGUACUUUGGAAGCCACACGAGAAGAGCAGUUCUCUAUGCACCUCCUGCUCACCACGAAACUGACCGUCAGCUCUGUCAGCGAAUCCUGGCAAAACAUGGAUAUACAGUCACAGUCCUUGAAAACAGGGGACUUGUGGAAGAUCUGAGGCAUGAGGGCCCUUACAGUGCUAUGAACCCUUGGGAUCUUUUCAUCUGCUUAUCUUCCAGAAAAAAUGGUGGCACUGGCUGCUUUCAAACAGAAGAUUUGCAUAAUCUAGAGCUUUUCCAGAAGGUAAACCUACUUCCAGAAAUCCAGCAUUUUCUUUGCAGAAAAGAGGGAUUAUGCCAGAUAACUAAAGCCUUUUCAGACCUGCAGCUCCCACUUGUGACCCCAGACUGUUCUGGCCAGCCUGGACUGUCAAGGGCCAGCACCACAGGAAAUGUGUCCCAGGGCAGCACAAUCACUGAGCAGGCACGUGCCUCCCAUCUGCAGCACUGGUGGAAGCAGAGCAUGAGCACAAAGCUGAAUCAAGUAUCAACAUCAGACCACAAAGAUGUCCUUAAAUCUCAAGACUUUUCUGUAAUCAUCAAAGCAUAUGUGCUUGUGACAUCCUUAACACCUCUGCGGGCAUUCAUUCAUUCAACCACCACUGUCUGGCAUCCACCCAAGAAGAAGCAUUUUACCAUAAAGCUGCAAAGGUUUUUUGAGAUAUUCUUCAGGAACAGUUCUCCCCAACAAGCCUUCAACAACAUGAAGGAGGCUAUAAACAAACUUCUACUUAUAACUGAGGUCUUCAGCAAAUCAUCUGCCUCAGGACCAAAUUCUUUCAAUCAAUGCAGCCAAUGUUUUCAAAUGCUAACCUUUGACAUUGGAUUCAACAUGUCCAUACACCCAGUAGUCCUUAAGGUGCAUGAAAACUUUGACUUCCAAGUUGAGGAUGAAUCAACUACUCAGGACCAAAUUUCCAAAGAACUUAUUUUUGAAGAUACAUUUAAAUUUCUCUUAUCUAAUGAAUCCUCAACAUCUAGUUUCAUAGAAGCUUUGCAAAAAAUAUAUGAGUCAUCUGUGAGCAAGGAUGGAACAUACAACAGAGAAGAUGAGCAAUGUUUCUCCUUGGAAGAGAUAAAUUCAAUGACUACUUUCAUAAAGGAGCUGAAGAGUCUUGGACAAUUUGAGCUGCUUUUCCCUUCUUCUACACCCAAGAUCCAAAUGUUGCUGCGUGACCUUUAUCGAAUGGUAGACCCAAUGAGGCGGCUUAGUUCAGUCCUGACUGUGCAUUGGUUGCUUUCUAGUGUCCUUCAACAGUUCCAGUUCAUGAAUAAAGAGGCACAUACAAAUCUUUCAGAGUGGCAAAUUUCUCAAGAAAAUAUGACUCCUAAGCAGAAUGUUCCUUCUGACUUCAGGAAGAAUCAUGAAGCAUUGCAUUAUUCCAGUAAGACUGGAGAAAGACAAUGCAGUUAUGAUAAAGAUACCCUCUCUCAUAUCAGACAGAUCUUCAGCAGUCCACAGCUGGACUUGAAUCCUCAGUUUAACCCAAAGAUCAGAGAAUACUAUGCAGAAGUGCCAUUUGACAUGGUCACAGUGAAGAUAGGAGCAGAGCCCUCUAACUGUCAAUGCCAUGUACAUCUCGACAACAAGAAAGGGCCAAGCAUUGCUAACUACCCCCUUGGCCUUGGAUUGAACAAAGUCAUCAUUCUCUUAACGGAUGAUUCGCAGCCCAGCCCUGAGAUUGUGAGCAGCUACAGAAUCACAAUUUAUCGAGAAGACCGCCCUAGCCUCCCUUUGUUUGAUGACUAUAUGAUGUGUGGGUUUGUGCAGGACUGUGGUUCCAAAAUUCGCCCAGAGGAGUCCUGUGGCUUGCAGCCUCUCUCUCAUGAAUACCUCUCAGCAAUUUCACAGACAGUGUUUAAGAACUGUGAAGCUGGAGACACAAAAGGGCAAUGGAUUGUCCCUUGCCUCAGCUGCUCUGACAACAGGACCUGUGACUGGAGAGCAAUAACGUGGCAGCCCCACGGCUGCCGAUACUCUGUGCUGGCCAAGCCCGAACUCCAGCGCUGCAUGGAGGGCAGAAGGAUUCUUUUUAUAGGUGACUCAACUAACAGAGGGAUGAUGUAUUAUCUAAUUGAAAGAGUGAAUAAGACUCUUCAGGAAUGGCAGAAGACUCAUGAUGUUAAAUUUUAUCGCAAUAUCAAUGACGGGAAAACAUUUAUCAGUUACUCCUACUACCCCCAGUUCUGGAGGAAUGCAAACCAGAGACCAACUUUUGAAAAAGCACUGGAACAGCUGCUGCAGAGAUCACGUCCCCUGGAGAACACAGACCAGACCGUAUUAAUUGUAGGUGGUGUUCAGUGGCUUAAUUCCAAUCACCUGCAAAUUAUCCAAAAGGUGUUGAAUAGGGAAAAUCUAUCAAAUAUCCUGGUAAUUGUCAAAUCCAUAGGGAUGGGCUUUCAUCUUCCAGUGGAUGGAAUCCAUUCUCUGUCACAGGCAGAAGUGCAAAACUUGUGGAAUGAAAACUUGAUUAUUCUGGAUACAGCAAAAAAUUUGGGCUAUGAAGUGGUUGACACCUUUGUCAUCACCAUGGGACGUUACAAAGAAUUCCUGCAAGGGAAGUGCGGCUGCCAUUUCCAUGAGGUGGUGAAAUCCAAUCCCUCUGAAGAAAGGCCACACAUAACAAUGACGCUAUCAAGGCACUAUAGGCUGGGGAAAUAUUUCAUCAGUCAAAGCAAACCAUCACAACUGCAGGACCAUGCAACAGAUUCUCAGUCCCCGUAUCAUGUCCGAGGUCCAAUAAAUCAAGUUUAUUCUGAAAUCCUUCUCAGCAGGCUCUGUGCAAGUAAGAGGGAGUUUGUCAGCACAUAGCCUCUCUUGGAUGUAGUACCAAGACUAGAGAAGUGCCACUGCCUGAGUGACAGUUGAAGGACCAUGGUGGAUUAAGAUAUGCUUCCUUGACUGACUGAAUACACACAAAGAAAGUUUGGGGAUGUGGUAUUUUCCAAAAAACCUUAUGAAAUUAAGAUAUGCCCUGGUGAGUCUGUUAUGUGAAAGUGGAAGAUGGAGCGUUGCAAAGGAGAGAAGAGGGGAAGCUACUUGAACUGUUGCCAAAGACUAGAACAGCUGUAGUUUAUUGAUGUAAACUACAUUGUAUUAUUGAUAGUAAAAAGAGACCUAUAUAUUCACUUGAACAUUUGGAAAGGGCUGGUUUAGGUCUUCAGCGCUAUCUAGUUUUUAUUUAUAGAGACACUGUAAUAUUUGAAUGUAUUUAGAAACUGACUACAUUCCGUUUGAAAGAGUUAUAUUUUAUGUGGACAUGUUUCCCUUCCACCUUUUCUGUUUAGACACUUGGUUUAUAGAAUCUGAAAACAUCUAUUAGCAUUUUACUGGUGAUGCUGAGUUUUGAACUCUAGUGUUUUUAGUGAAAACACAUCUCUUCUUUGUAUCUUAGAUGGAACAGAUAUCUACUCUAUUUUUUUGCAUGUUCUGAAGCUAAUAGGGAGAUAGAUUACCUAUACUUGAGACUGAUUGAAACUGUCUCAUUGUAACAUGUAAAUAUAGUGAAUUUGUUAACAUUAAUUUAUUUAUGGUCCCAGUUUAGGAGAGUGUCCAUAUGCUGGAAGAAUGCUUAGAUAAGUGCUUCAGUGUCUACCUUGGCCUGUAAGCCAAUCAAGUAUUCUUCCUGCCCAGAAUGCCAUUUCUUUAAUGAUUUUUUAUAAAAUACUUGCCAAUAUGUGAAGCCAGUACCACAAACAUAACAAAAAUCCCCCUUGCAAGCACACAUGAGAUUUUCAGGAUCUGGUAAUUUAUCACUCAUAAGAAGUGUGUGGUAUGAUGGCAGCAGAAUAUACUGCGAGCAUCUCUUGCUUGGCACAGACAAGACCUUCUCUGAAAGCCAGUUUCAGUUCAGACCUUCUCUGAACUGCAUUUUCAUGCUGCAGCCCAGCCACAUCCCCAGUGUUUGCAGAUCUGCCACAGUGCUGGCAGCCCGCUCAUUCACAGCUGUGGUACCCGAUGGGAAACCAUGCAUGGCCCAGGAUUAGCAGCUGGGUGACAGGUUAGUGGCAACCCAUAGGACUGCUGUCCCUAAAAACUAUCCAAUUAUGGAUUUUUAUUCAUCCAGUCACACAGCAGGCAAACAAGGCAACACUCUACCACCAUGCAUUGGAGAAGGGUUUUUUAACCAGGCAGGUGCAAAUCUUACAAAGGGUCUGCUGAGUUCUGUGUCAUGCUUCCCUGUCACAAUUUUACAUAUAAUCCUCCACUAGCUUCUUCUUUGGGAAAAGAAGCCACAAACAAUAUCAGGGAAUAAACAAAUUACAGCAAGGAGCUACUCAUCAUCUUAUUUGCCUUAGUAGCACACAGGGGGGCUACCCUGUAUAGAAGUAGGGCUAGUAAUUAAUGACAAAUUUAGUAUUUGCCCAAGAUCCUGUAUCUAUCCACAGUUUGUGUGCCCAGCUGUAGUUUUGUGAAUUUCUGCUUCUUCAGGUAAGAUAUGUAAAGUUAUAAUAGGAAAUUGUCAUGGAAUAUGGAGUUUGGCAUCCUAAGUGAUAGAGAGUAUUCUCCAAAAUAGGAUCUGGCAUACCUAAUUUAAAGCACCUUUCACUAUAUUGAAGAAGUUCCUAACUUAGAUAAUGACAAAAUUAGUGAGAUGGUAUGAUUAUAUCUGUUUCUGUAUAAUAUGCUGCUGAUUGCUUACAGCAAAUAUCCCUAAAUUUCAAUGUGAGGUUUUCCCUGGCAUGGAGAUCUACAUGAAAGAUGGGUCAGGAGCUGUACAUAAAUACUGAAUAUAUCAGCUUUUGGUUUUCAGCAAUAUGUUUAUCUAAAGAAUAUAAUUGUAUGCAAAUGAUGUAAUAUAUUCUCUUGGGUGUGGAAAUCCAGGGCAGCACAACCUUAAAGCUGAGGAAUAGAAUAUCAUCAUUAAUAUUAGUAGAUGCAAAAUGCAGCCAGAUGUCUUUAGUAUUAAGAUGAUCAAUGAUAGGUAUAUUACAGUUCUGCUUCUGAUAAGAUUUUUUGUAGCUCAUUUAAAUCCACAUGCUGUUACUGUUAUUGUUCUGUAAACAAAUGUUUUUAAGGCAUUAACUGGGCUUUUAUGUUUAUGUUUUUUUUUUUUUUUAGCUAAAACCUAUUGCUGAAGCAUUAGCUUAGUGAUGAAAAGAAAAGAGCUGACUUUGUUAUGCUGUAGUGAAUAUCAGUGAAUGUGCAAUUCAUCAGUUCUGGUUUCACCACAAAAUGGUUUACAUGUGCUGUACACCCAGAUGUCUUAAUGUUUUCCAAAUCUUGAUAUUUUUCAAAUGUAUUGUGUAUAUUUUCUUGUGUGUUUUCUAUACAUAUCUAUGUACAUUAAUAUGUCUGUACAAAGUCAUUGGUACAAUUUGCAAAUUGAUCUUUAUUUAAACAAGUUCUUUGAAUAAGCUGUUUCCAACACUAUGUAUGAUCCACAUAGUCUUAGGAAUAAACAAAGGAUACUAAGCUACAUUUUUGUUAUUUAACUUUAAAAUAUAUCUAGUAUCUCUAUGUAUGUGAAAGAUGAGAGUCGAGAUUCACAUGCAAGGAUUGCUUGCUCAUAUGUAUUAAAAUUUAUGGAUUAAGACAAUAAAAGGAUUACUGUGUUUCAAUUCCCGUGAGAGCACAUGUUGCUAUCUACAGUUUACUCUAUAAUUAUUGUAUCUGCUGUGACAUUUUGCCUGAAUAAACAUUAAAGUGCUCCUAUAGUCCAUA